CUGACGCACGGCACUGCUUAUGUAUAUAAAAGAGCAACCGGUAGCACCGUAACUCAGUCGUCGGUAGUGGUCAGUACUAAUCAUGAAACUAUUCAUCGUUGUCGUUUUGGCGUGUUUGGCCGCGGCCCAGGCCCGCGAGAUCGGUUACCAGUCGAUCGUGCCCCAGCGUGAAGCUCCUCGCAGUGCGCGCAUCGUGAACGGGUUCCCGGCAACACUCGGUCAGUUCCCGUACCAGGUGUUCCUGUCUGGCCAGACCGCUGGAGGAACCCUUGCCUGCGGUGGUUCGCUCAUCUCGGCCGAAUGGGUCCUUACCGCUGCUCACUGUCAGGUCGGUGUCAUCCAGUUCACUGUCCGUGCCGGAACGAUCAACAUCAACGAAGGAACCGUGCGCACUUCCAACCUGAUCGUCAUCCAUCCUGCCUACAACGCGCAAAACCUGAACAAUGACAUCGGUCUAAUCCGUCUGAGCGAGCCGAUGCCGCUCGGUGGCAACAUUCAGACUGUUGCCCUGCCGGCCGCUGACCUGUCCGAGACGUUCCUGAAUCGUGAGGCUACCGUGUCCGGAUUCGGACGUGUGAGCGACUCGAUUCCCAAUAUCUCCACCACGCUCAACUUCGUCCACCUGAACAUUAUCUCCAACAUUCAGUGCAUGGGCACGUACGGUGCAGCCACCAUCAUCGACUCGACCGUGUGCGCCGUCGGUCGGGACGCCGCGAACCAGGGUACGUGCAACGGUGACUCGGGUGGCCCACUGACCGUCACCGAGAAUGGCCAGUCCGUACAGAUCGGUGUGGUAUCCUUCGUCGCUGCCGUCGGCUGUGAAGCCGGAUUUCCUUCCGGCUAUGUGCGCACCACUCACUUCCGCGACUGGAUUCGUGAUCAGACUGGCGUCUAAAUUCUGAAUGUAACACACGCAACACCCUCCACUGCACCACUUUAGUUUAUGCCCGUUUAGUGCAAUCAACUAAACGUGUCACAUAAACACGAGCAUCUUGCACACCUUUUUUGUAAUAAAAAAAACUCUCUGUACACCUUUUA